AUCCCUUGUGGCGUGCCCAGUUUGUUCCACUCCUUCGGAGUCGCAGUUUGAUGCCUUAUGUUGAUGGCACUUCUCAGUGCCCUCCUGCUUUUCUCCUGGAUGAUGACGGUCAACAUACUGACACCAUCAAUCCUCUCUUUGAACCUUGGAUCCAAACUGACCAGAUGGUUCUCUCGUGGCUCACUAGUUCCCUCUCUCCUCCUGUUGCAUGUUGUCGUCAAAUGCAUUAGUGAUGCCGAGGCCUGGAAGGCGUUACAGGACCGUUAUGCACCUUCCUCACACAAUCGUGUUAUUCAACUUCGCGGGGAACUUCUCAAUCUCCGCCGUGGUGAUCUCCGUAUUGCCGAUUAUUUGGAUAAACUCAACACCUUGGCUGAUCAGUUGGCCUUAUCGGGUUCUCCCAUUGCUGACGCGGACUUAAUUGCCACGAUCCUGAAUAAUGUCGGCCCGUUGUAUGAGAACACCGUUGCCUCCAUCCAAGCCCAAUAAACUCCUAUCUCGUAUGCUGCUUUGGAAGCACUGCUUCUCAGUGCUGAAACUCGUCAUCUUACCUUCAAUUUGUCUGGCGACACUUCUGCUCCUGCUUUGACUGCUAUGGCUGCUACUCGUGGCCGUCGGUAUCCUGCUCCUGCAGGUUUUGCGCGUGGCGGAGGCCGUGGCGCUGUCCCUCAUCGUGGUAGACAUCAGGCUCGGCCACAUGCUGCUGCUGCUCCUAAUCCAGGACAUCCCAAUGACGGUAUUCUUGGUGCCGGACCCUCACCGUCUGAUUGCCCACCCCUUCGCUGCCAGAUUUGUCGUCGUAAUGGUCACUCUGCCAUUGACUGUUACAACCGUAUGAAUACGUCUUAUGAAGGUCGUGUUCCAAGUGCUCGUCUCACAGCCUUUGCUGCCCAGUCUACCCGUGCACCCCAGUCUGUCUCUCCUGCUCCCACCACAUGGCUUCUGGACUCUGGGGCCAACACCCAUAUUACCAAUGAUCCUGGUCAACUUACAAAUGCACAGCCCUACACAGGCACAGAUCAAGUCGGUGGUGUUCAUGGUGGUCAAGGAUAUCCGCUCGGGGAGGACCCUUUUAUCAGGCCGGAGUAACACUGGUGUUUAUCCAUAUGCAAGUUUUAAUUUCAAUAAAAGACAUGGACUAUUUUUGUGCAUGGGAGUCAAGGUUGAUGAUCGUAUUUGGCACUCCAGACUCGGUCAUCCUUCGUCAUUUAUUUUAAAACAUUUAGUUUCUACUAGCAAAGUGCCUCUUACUAGGCACCAUUUUAAUUAUGUCUGUCAUUCAUGCCCUUUGGGCAAAAGCAAGAAAUUGCCAUUUUUACCAUCAAAUUCUAUUUCCCAUUUUCCUUUACAACUUAUUCAUUCAGAUGUAUGGACGUCCCCUACUUUGUCAAUUUCUGGUUUUCGUUAUUAUGUGAUUUUCAUUGAUGAUUUUUCGCGA